AUGAGAAUCAGCACCUCCAAGUCUGAGGCUGUGGUUCUCAACUGGUCACUCGGCUGGCCUGGGAACGCCUCAGAGCUGGAGAAAGUGUCUUGGGAGAGGGAACAUGAACUCCUCCUGUUUUCUUCUGUCACCUGUACAUACAAAAACUUACAUGGUGUCACUGCCCUCCAGGUCAUCAAGUGCAAGGCCGCAGUGGCCUGGGACCCCAACAAGCCUCUGGUGAUUGAGGAGAUUGAGGUAGCCCCACCACAGGCCAACGAGAUCCGCAUCAAGAUUGUGGCGACUGCAGUGUGCCAUUCGGACCUGUACCACCUUUUGGAGAAUAUGCAUCAAGAUUGGUUCCCCACAGUCCUUGGCCAUGAGGCAGCGGGGAUCGUAGAGAGCGUUGGGCCUGGAGUCACUGAAAUUCAGCCAGGAGAUAAAGUUAUCCCUUUGUUCAUCGGCCAUUGUCGACAAUGUCGCUUCUGUAAGAGCCCAAAGAGCAACCAGUGUGUGGAUUCAUGGACAGCUGCUGCACGUCCCAAUAUGAUGGCAGGGCCAGACUCCAGGUUUACCUGUAAGGGCAAGAAGGUGCUGCAGUUUGUGGGAACCAGCACCUUCUCUGAGUACACUGUGGUUAAUGAGAUAGCUGUGGCUAAGAUCGACCCUGCUGCUCCUCUGGACAAAGUCUGUCUCCUGGGCUGUGGGAUCUGCACAGGAUAUGGAGCAGCAGUUAAUACUGCUAAGGUGGAACCGGGCUCCACAUGUGCUGUGUUUGGCCUGGGAGCUGUGGGCUUGGCCGCAGUCAUGGGCUGCAAGGCUGCAGGAGCCGAGAAGAUUAUCGCUGUUGACAUCAAUCCAGAGAAGUUUGAGAAGGCCAAGGUGUUUGGCGCGACAGACUUUGUGAACCCCAAGGACCACAAUAAACCCAUCAGCCAAGUGCUGUGUGAGAUGACUGACGGAGGAGUGGACUUCUCCCUGGAAUGUGUUGGGAACGUGGAAGUCAUGCGCAGUGCCUUGGAGUCUUGUGUGCAAGGUUGGGGUGUCAGUGUGAUUGUUGGCUGGACAGACUUGCAAGACUUUUCUGCCCGACCCAUUCAGCUGAUCGCUGGACGCACAUGGAAGGGUUCUGCAUUUGGAGGCUUUAAGGGUAGGGAAGACGUGCCUCAGAUGGUCAAAGCUUACCUGGACAAGAAGGUGAAGCUGGAUGAGUUCAUCACUCAUAACAUGACUUUGGACCAAGUCAAUGAUGCCAUUGAACUGAUGAAGCACGGAAAAUGCAUCCGGACGGUCCUGAGUGUUUCUCCACAGUAAGACCACUGUGAUGCUGUCCAUGACCCCAAAGUAAUUCACUCAUUGACCACUCUGUUAAAAAAGAUCUCAGAGUUAUAUUUCUAUAAAUAAUACAAUGCACAGA